AUGCUACAAGUCGCCACCUCCUCUUGUAUACUACGAACAGCUGGGUCCUACUUGGUCACGGCGCCAGGACUUCCGUACACUAAAUCAGCACUCAAGUACCUUAUGCCGCUAAGCCACUGGACAUGUAAUAAUUCAGUGGGUAAGAUAUCGUUGGCUCUUCUGGCGGCGCUGGGUGUAGCAGCUGCUUCUUCUGUAGGAUGCUGUGGAGGUGGUUCCUACGGCAGCAGGGGAAGAGGUGGUUAUGGGGGAAAUGGAGGCAGUAGUUAUGGAGGUAGCGGCCGAGGCGGCGGUGGCCGGAUUGUGAAGGCACAGCUCGUUAGGGUUGGUAAUCUCCCCGGUACCGGUAGAGGCAGAGGUGGAGGCACAGGGAGGUAUGGCACUCGUGGCAGUGGCGGACGCUGGAUUUCCACAGGACCUGGUAUUGUCCGAGCUCAUCUGUUUAGUGUUGGCACCCUCCCAAGUGCCGGUAGCAACAACAGGCGAAGUUACAGCUCUUAUGGAGGAAGAUCUCGAAGCAGUUUCAAUGGCAAUAGCAUUGUGAAAGCACAGCCGGUAGGUAUUGGCACCCUCUCAAGUAAUGGUGGCAGCUACUAUAGAGGAAGAUCUCAAAACAGCAAUGGAAGGUCCAGUGGCCCCGGCAUCGUGAGAGCACAGCUUGUAAGUGUUGGCAUCAUCCCAAACUCUGGUGGCAGCAGUGGGGGGAGACCUAACUCCCAUGGAGGUGGAUCUCGAAGCAGCAUUGGCAUGUCCAGUCGUCCCAGCAUUGCGAAGGCCCAGCUCGUAGGUGUUGGCACCCUCCCACGCAAUGGUGUCAGUGGCGCAGGUAGUUAUAACUCCCACAGAGGAGGCUCUCAAGGCAACACUGGAAGUAGUUCCAGCAUUGUGAAAGCACAGCUGGUAGGCACUGGCACCCUUCCAAGGACUGGCGGCAGCGGUGGGAAGAAGCCUAGCUCCCUUGGGCAUGAACCUCAAAGCAGCAUUAGCAGAUCCACUGGUCCCACCAUUUUGAAAGCCCAACUAGUAGGUGUUGGUACCCUCCCAAGCAAUGGUCACAGUGGUGGAGGCCUUUAUAGCUCCCAUAGAGGAGGAUCACGUAGUAGUAAUGUAAGAUCCAGUAGUUCUAGUAUUAUGAAAGCCCAGCUGGUAGGCGUUGGCACCUUCCCAAACUCUGAUAAGAGUGGUGGUGGAAAUUCUAGCAACCAAGGAGGUGAAUCUGAAACCAGCAUUGAAAGACACAGUGGUCCCAGUAUUGUGAAGGCUCAGCUUGUCGGUGUUGGAACCCUACCAAGUACUGUUGGCAGUGGCGGUGGAAAUUCUAGUACCCUUGAAGGUGGAUCUGAAAGAGGCAUUGUGAAAGCCCAGCUGGUAGGUGUUGGCACCCUUCCAAGUAGUGAUGGGGGAAAUUCAAGCUCCUAUGAAGUUGAAUCUGAGGGCAAUAUGGGAAGGUCCACUGGUCCCAGCAUUGUGAAAGCGCAGCUAGUAGGAACUGGGACCCUCCCAAGCUCUGGUGGCAGCAAUGGGGGAAAUUCUAGCUCCCCUGAUGAUGGAUCUGGAAGCAGCAUUGGACGGUCUACUGGUCCUAGUAUUGUGAAAGCACAGCUGAUAGGUGCUGGCACCAUCACAAGCUCUGGUGGCAGCAAUGGGGGAAAUUCCAGCUCCCACGUAGGCGAUUCUGAAACUAGCAUUGUGAAGGCUCGGCUGGUAAAUGUUGCCACUUUUCCAAACAUUGAUAAGGGCAAUGGGGAAAAUACCAGCUCCUAUGAGGAUGCAUCCAAUACCAGCAUUGUAAAGGCUGAACUGGUAAGCACUGGCGCCCUCCAAAGCAAUAAUGGCAGUGGUGAAGGUUUAGCUCCCAUAGACAAGAAUCUCGAAGCAGCAUUGGAAAAUCCCGAAGUCCCAGCUUUAUAA